UGGUUUGUUUUUUAAGAAAGAAAUUAGAACACGUUGGCUGCAUUAUAGGUAAUACUUCAAAUUGGGUUUGGAUAAAGAUGAAAGAUUCGUGAAAAAGUUGCUGCCUUCUAAGUUUAUUUCUUGUGUUCUAUUGUACUGUCUUAGGAGAGGGAACUAUUGCACUUUUUAUCUUUGUUCUUUUAUUAUAAGUUGAAGAGAAAUUUACAUGGCAAAAAUUGUGUAGAUUAUUGAACUUAAAAGUUGAUGGGGGGCAACAAUUCAAAAGACAGAAGUUUGAGGUCGAAUUCUUCUAUUCGUUCAAGCUCCUCUUCAUGGGAUUCACAACAUGGUUAUCUUCAACCCUCAUAUGCUCAAGAAAGUUUCAGCUAUAACUACUCACCUCAGUCACCAUACCCAACUCAACAUACAUACGGUUCAGAGCAGCAAUAUCAGGAUUACAGUGGUGGUGAUAUAAGGCAGCAAUAUCAUUCAUCCUCUCAGAAUUUUGGUGGCCAGAGAAGGCAGCUUGAUAGGAGGUAUUCAAGAAUUGCUGAUGAUUACAAGUCUUUAGACCAGGUGACUGAGGCUCUUGCACAAGCUGGCCUUGAGUCUUCUAAUCUUAUUGUUGGUAUUGAUUUCACGAAAAGUAAUGAGUGGACAGGUGCAAGGUCAUAUAACAGACGAAGCUUGCAUCACAUUGGAGAUGGUCUGAAUCCCUACGAACAAGCAAUAUCCAUUAUUGGGAAAACAUUAGCUGCCUUUGACGAGGAUAACUUGAUUCCUUGUUUUGGAUUUGGAGAUGCAUCAACACAUGAUCAGGAUGUAUUCUGCUUCUAUCCAGAUGAGAGAUUUUGUAAUGGAUUUGAGGAAGUCUUAAGUCGCUACAGGGAAAUAGUGCCCAAUCUACGACUUGCAGGGCCGACGUCGUUUGCCCCUAUCAUUGAGAUGGCGACUACCAUUGUUGAGCAGAGUGGUGGCCAGUACCAUGUUUUGUUGAUAAUAGCAGAUGGACAGGUCACUAGAAGUGUUGAUACUGCGCGCGACCAGCUAAGUCCACAGGAGAAGAGGACUGUUGAAGCCAUUGUAGAGGCAAGCAAGCUUCCCUUAUCAAUAGUGUUAGUUGGGGUUGGAGAUGGACCUUGGGACACCAUGAGGGAGUUUGAUGAUAACAUACCUGCUCGAGAGUUUGAUAACUUUCAGUUUGUGAAUUUUACGGAGAUUAUGUCAAAACAAGUGGAUGCAUCCCGAAAGGAGACAGAAUUUGCUCUUGCUGCCUUAAUGGAAAUUCCUUCCCAGUACAAGGCAACAAUAGAACUCAAUAUAUUGGGUCGUCACAAGGGCAACAUUCCUGAGAGGGUUGCCCUCCCUCCACCUUUAUAUGGUGCAGCGUCUUUCAACAGUCCUAAACCUUCACAUUCCACCGGUUUUAAGCCAAGUGUUCCUUCUUUUCCAGUUGACAGUCCACCUACCAGCUCAGCUCCAACUGCUCCAAGUUCGAAUUAUGAUAAUCAGCUUUGUCCCAUUUGCCUCAGUAACCCGAAGGACAUGGCUUUUGGUUGUGGGCAUCAGACAUGCUGUGAAUGUGGAGAAAGUCUUCAGCUAUGUCCAAUCUGUCGAAGUUCAAUCCAAAUGAGAAUAAAGCUAUACUAAGCAGCGUUCCACCUUUGCGGGGUUUCUCCUUUUUAUUAUUUUCGGUCCCCUAACUCCAUUCUUUCAAAUAUAUUUUAUAAUAAUAUUAGGAUGCUGGAUUAGCUUUCAGGUGUAUGAUGUACAUUAAGGGAAUGAAAUCAAGGUUCUCUGUA